UCUAUUAUGUAUAUAAUAACAUUUAUGGCGAAACUUUUUCCUUAUAUUAUUUAUAUUAGUUAGUACCGGGUAACCCGUAUUGUACCUCUGAACAUUAAACCCCGUCGGGAACCCCUAUUCAACAUUAGCACAGUUUGUAUCUGAACCAAUGAAAACUUGUGUAUAUAUCACGUGUCUACUUCUGUUAGAAAGUUUUGAUUGUUUGGACUUGUAGAAAGCGUGUUGAAAUUUGAGAAAUCCAGUAAUUUUUAUAGUUUCUGCAUUGGAGAUUUGCACUAAGUGUAAGUGACUUGCAGUUUUGUUUUGUUAACUAGUACAUGUUAACAUCCUCGUGGGUUGAAUCAUUGGUACAGUAACUUUGUGCACUCGUUCAGCAGACGCGUCGCGUCAGUGACGAUGGCGGAUUAAACGUGCAAGGCGAUAGUGAUAGGACAUUCAUAUGUGCGCCGUUUGGAUGUUUAUUUGCAACGUCACAACAUAAUGAACUUACGUUUGGACAACGAAAAAUUCCAAGUUUCAUUACGGGGAAAGGGAGGUUUAUGUCUUAGACAUAUUCGUUUCAAUGCAAAAAUUCUGCACUUUGACACAACCCCCGAUAUAUGUUUCAUGCAGAUCGGUGAAAAUGACAUAUCGCCCCGUAGCGAACCAGGGAAAAUCUCAGAGGACAUUUUUUCGCAGACUUGUUAUCUGCGCGACGGAGUUGGCGUAAAAAAAGUUAUCGUUUGCCAGUUGUUGCGUCGGCUGCCAUAUGCGUCCUGUCCACGGUUUAACGAGAUGGUACAGUCAGUGAACCAAUUGCUGAAAGAAAAGUUAUCGGACGUACAAGGGAUUGUGUUUUGGCCACACCGUGGAUUCUGGGAGUCACUGUCAUACAUCUGCCCAGAUGGAGUACACCUGCUAUGUACUCAAGCCAAUGAUCAGCCCAUGAGGAAGUUUCUGUGGAGUAUAAGCAACGCUAUAAUUAUUAACGCCAAAGAUCUCAGCAAACAUGCCAAAGGGCAAAGCCACUUCAAGGAAGCGACCAGCUUCACCCCGGCCCGCUCCAAAGAAGUCCAGUCGUCACAGUGUAGCACCACACAACCCGUCUGUGGAACAAGAGCCUGCAUAGUUGACACCCACCAUAGACUAUGAAAAACUGGCGAGACACAUCGUCCAGGAGCAAGCACGGGCCCAAAAUGCAAACGUUCCCCCAGAACAGACGUCUCCCAAUGCACGGCACCAAAUGGAUGGGACUUGCUAGGACAUACCCACCACUUCCAACCAAGCCAUUUCGAGUGACAAUGUCACCACCAUCCUUGACGCAGUAUUUCAGGAGAUAUCCAGCGGAGGCAUGCAAUCUCCUAAAGUACUGUGCAUACAUCAGGGAGAUUAACAGAUUGCAUGUUGACGAGGCAUGGCGGGGAUAUGAUGAAACUUUUCGCAAGUUAAGAGAAUCCUCCUUACUUCCAUGGCAGCAGCCAGUACCGGAACUGAGGUUGCGGGUUGCUGCCAUGGGACCAAAAUUCUCAGAUAAGUCCCAUCCCCCAUAUGCUAAGAAGUCUAAUUUUCGUCCCCAAAAGGUGUGUUUCGCCUACAACCGGGGUGAUAAAUGUUCAGUCUUCCCAUGUAAAUAUGUCCAUGUGUGUCAGAAUGUGGCAAUAGACAUCCCAGAACAAAGUGUUUUGCUAAACCCAAGCCCCAGCCACACCAACCAUCCCGUACCUCUUCCAAUCCCAGUAAAACCAGCAAUACUACGUAAGGAGCUACUAGGUUAUGAUUCAAAUAAAUCACAAUACUUAGUUGAGGGAUUUUGUAGAGGGUUUAGGUUAGGUUGUGUAGGCGCACCCUCGCAGUUGUGUUAAGUAGGGCCAUAUAAAUAUGUCAGGAAAAAAGCGUCAAUAAACAGAUCAAUUUGUGACAAAUUCUGUAAACACAGCCCUUUUAUACAAAAACAAUAUGUAUAUAUCAUUAAGUGCAUAUUGACCUCUUAUACAUUUUUCACCAGACCGACAGUCUCUACAUCAACUCUGUAUCACGUGAUCAAUCAUCAAGAUAAAAACGUAUCGUAUAUGUAUAAAUCGUUAAAUUGGCACGAUAUCCAGAUAUCAAUGCAAGUUGAAGUUAAUAUAACUUCAAAGCAUAUUAAUUUCUUAAUUUGAAAAGUGCUGAGAGCAAGUUUAUCGUGACUUGUAACAUGUCUAAUUUUUGUAUUGAAUAUGCAAGAUGCAGCGAUUUUUAGACAUACGAAGUUGAAUCUAGCCUGAAAAACAUAUUUUCUGUUGAAGCCAGAACUUGGUCCCCUAACUUUCCUCUGGCACUGAAGUUCACAUGUCACAUAAAUCAAACAUCUUUCACUUAAAAACCUCGGGGUGUCGUGCCAAUAAUGAAAUUUUUAUGUACGGAAACCCUGUUUAUGCAAAUGAGUCCAUUGUGAAAGUAACUAUACGUGUAGAUUAGGGGCGAUAUCAAGAUCACAAUAUAAUAUGGAUAUUACUUUAGCAUGUAUGCUAUAUAAAGAAGAAAUUGAAACUUUUUCAAUAUCAAAGAGAAUUAAUAUAACCCAUUUGACAGAAACUUUUACGCGAUUGCAGUUUGCCAUUUGACAGAGGUGGUAAAUAACGAAACAAUAUUUUGACAUUUCCAACCACAAAAGGACUGUAGAUAUGUACGUCAUGACCUUCGUCGUGACGUAUUUUUCAUUGUGACGUCGUGCAAUAUGCCAGUGCGGUAAAGUAUAUGUAUGUACAUCACUGGUAUUAAACAAUUUAUGGGGAAAGCCUUAACUCAACCGCGCUUGGGAUCUUCACCACAGAAUCAUAAGUCAACUAGGGACCAUGUGGAGGUCAUUAAUGAGUACAUAUUGAAAGAAAUACAAGCACAACGAAUAGCAGGCCCCUUUGAUGAUCCGCCUUGAACAAAUUUUGUUACAUUACCAUUAGGCAUUGUUCCCAAAUCAGAAGUAGGUAAAUAUAGAGUAAUUCAUGACUUAUCAUUCCCCGAAGGUCAGUCAGUUAAUACAUACAUUCCUCGUGAAAAUUCCAAAGUUCAAUAUGAUACAAUAGACAAAGUUAUUUCACUAGUACAAUAUUUUGGGCGGGGGGCUUUUAUGGCAAAAUCUGACAUUAAGGAUGCUUUCCGCAUAGUGCCCAUACAUCCAUCAGACUAUCAUCUUCUUGGGUUUACCUGGAAAAGUAAAUAUUAUGACCGCUGCCUCCCCAUGGGAGCCAGUAGCUCAUGCAAAAUAUUUGAGGAGUUUAGUCAGGCUCUGGUUUGGAUCAUGCUCAACAAAUAUCAUGCAUCGGGGAUAUCCCAUAUCCUUGAUGAUUUCUUUUUCAUUUCAUCCAGUGUCGAAAAAUGUCGGGAGGACUUAUCACGGUUCCUUUUUUGUGUAACCAGGUUAAUAUACCUAUCAAUAUGGCCAAAAAUGUUGCCCCUACAACACAGUUAAUUAUAUAUGGCAUGGAAGUUGAUUCUCUCGUCAUGGAAUGUAGGUUGCCCAGGAGAAAAUUAUAAAAAUUAGCAGCAAGCUCAGUGAUUUCUGUCAUCGGAAGAAUGUACACCUAUGUGAAUUACAAUCCCUUAUAGGCUUGUUAAAUUUUGCUUGUACCUGGCACAGGUAGGGCUUUCUUGCGACGCCUUAUCGAUUUAACUUGUAAUAUUUCAAAACCCUUCCAUUUUGUUUAUCUCACCAAAGAGGCACGUGCUGACCUAAGUAUGUGGUUCCAGUUCAUCUCGCACUUCAAUGGAAAAUCAGUUUCCCUCCCUUAACAAUGGGACUCCUCUGAUUACAUAAGUCUGUACACGGAUGCGUCAGGGUCAAUUGGAUUUGCGGCAGUGUUGGGAUCACACUGGUUUGCGCAGUCUUGGUCGAAAGAACUUGAUCAUUUCCAGAUUGCAAUUAAGGAACUCUUUCCCAUUGUCUUGGCUUUAGAAAUAUGGGGAGGACAACUACAAAAUAGAAGGAUUCUUUUUCUAACCGACAACAUGUCAAUAGUACAAAUCAUUAACAAACAAUCUAGCAAAGACAAAACUAUCAUGAUACUUAUCAAGAGGCUUGUGCUUGCUGGCCUUUACAACAAUAUUCACUUCAAAGCCAAACAUAUUAGGGGAAAUUGAAUGUAAUUGCAGACAAGCUAUCUCGUUUUCAAUUCCAGGCAGCUCGGCAACUAGCACCGGAUCUGGAGGAAUGUCAGAUACUCAUCCCACACUCUCUUCUACACAUUUAGCACAUGGGGCACGGACACUUUUAUCAGCAUCCUUGGCAUUAUCAACUCAAUUAGCGUACCGGCGAUCAUGGCAACUCUUGCAAACAUUUCAAGGUCAGAGAGCUUUACCCUUGCGUGUGGUUGACAUAUCCAACUUUAUACCCCACUUGCAUGCAUCCCAUUUUAGUGCAAGUACAGUUUCUUCCCAUUUUUCUGCCAUAGGCUAUGUACACAAGAUGCUUGCAUUACCGGACCCUACACAGCUGUUUAUUGUGAAAAAGAUACUAAGGGGUUAUCACAGGUUGUCUCCCACAGUGGAUUCACGCCUGCCAAUUGCCAGAUAUAUCUUGCUUCAGAUUAUCAAGGCUAUACCCCACACCAUUUCUGUUUUGGAUUAUCGUAUCAUGUUAGAAGCCCUUUUCUCUAUUUGUUUUCAUGCUUUCCUUAGAUUGGUGAGGUCACAGUAAAACAAGGCAUUACAUCAGAUAAAGUCAUUCACCUUCAAGAUGUAGAGUUUCAAUACAAUGGCUCCAUUCCCUCCAGAGUGCAAUUAGUAUUGCGCUAUUUCAAAACCCAAAAAAUGAAUAAGCCUGUCACAAUUUGUGUAGAGGGCUCCCCCACACUGGACCAUUGCCCCGUAAAAUCAUUACACCCUUAUCUGUCGCAUUCAGGUCAUACAUCUGGUCCACUUUUUCAAUAUAGAGAUGGUUCUCCGAUUACGUACAAUUAUGUUUCCAAAGAACUUUCAAACAUCAUUAAGUAUGUCAGUCUCAAUCCUGCACUAUACAAAGGUCACAGUUUUCGCAUUGGGGCAGCAACAUAUGCAGCACAAAAAGGGUACUCGGAGAAUUAUAUCCAACAAUUAGGUCGCAGGAACUCUAAUGCCUUGAAACGCUAUAUUCGCAUACCUACACUUUCUCUUUGAUCACUUCACCUCUCCUGAAUCAGCCCAUUCGUUGGUGAAGUUCAAAUAUGCAGGUCCGUGUUUAACUGCUGCAUCAAGUUGUUGGCUCAUUUCACUCAUUGGCUGUACCCGGUUUCUUUCUAUACAGGCCCAUUUUUCACCAUAUAUCACUUUUACCAAAAAUGCCAGUGUCCUACUACCCAAAAAAUGGGGUUUACCAUGCACGUCAGUGUUUAAGUGUCGCAAUUAUGAGGUCAUUAUGCAGGUCAGUGUUUAACCGCUGCAACAACGGGGGUUACCAUGCAGGUCAGUGUUUAACUGCUGCAACAAUGGGGUCACCAUGCAGGUCAGUGUUUAACUGCUGCAACAAUGGGGUCACCAUGCAGGUCAAUGUUUAACUGCUGUAACAACGGGGGCUACCAUGCAGGUCAGUGUUUAACUGCUGUGGAAAAAAACCCAAUCCAUUUCCCUUCCCACUUUAAAGUACCUGUUUUAGGCAUAUUUGCGUGCUGACUCACCAACAGGGUCCAACCGAAAUAUCCAUUAAUUACCUCCGUUAUGGUUGAAUUGUAGUUAAGUUUUUCACAACUUAUGUAUAUAAAUGUUUGAAUUUGUUACACAAUUUACAAGACAGCUCACCUUGGAUGGCUCUGAAUAUGAUUUGUUAAUCAUAUCUUUGGCCCUUUUUGUUCGCCAUCUUUUUGCUUGUUGUACAAUUUGGAACAAGUUUCCAAGGUCUGUAUUUUAACUAGUCAUUGUUUGUUAUUUGUGAUAAUCAUGUAUGGGGAAAAUCAGGACAGAUGUGUUGAAAUCCUAUGUAAUUACAUUGUAUGUAUCUACUGAUUUUCCCCUGGUUGAACUGGUCAGUACCAUAUUUAUCUGUGAAAUUAUCUAUAUGGGAGAAAUCAGAAAUGAUGGGUUUAUAUAUUGUGCAAGAUUAUGACAGUGUUUGUGGAUCGCUGAUGUCCCCCCUUCUUUGUAUUAACCUUUAUCUUCGUCAUGUGUUGUCUAAAAUAAAUGACAUAUUUCAUUCUCAUACACUUUUACAGUGUUGAUUUUUAAAGCAAAAACAAGCUUAGGUGAGCUAUCCUCUUGAAAAGGAAAUAGUAUGAGACAUAAAUAGAUAUCAUGGUAUAUUGGGUUUUAACGUUUGCUGGUUUCUUUAUAAUUUAUUUUGUUUUAUUUUGAGGAAAGAAAAUGUAGAUUUCAUUUUUUUUAAACGUAAGAUUAAAGCAAAUUUAAAGA